AUAUACAGUUGAUUAAAAAAAGAAUCUCUCCAAUAUAGAAACUCUGGUGGUGAUGCAAAAAUUUCCAAAAGGGAGGACUCAACACAGCACACCAAGAAGACCUAAACACCCAUUUUGGUCGGACAAUCCAACCCCUAUAUUUAUACAUUUAUUUCUCUCACAGAUUCAUCUCGCUCUUCACUUGAUUUUGUUUCCUGCCUAGGGUUUCUCCCGCUCCUACUAUUAGAAUUCACUAGUGGUGGAGGCUGAGUCAACUCGGCCGAGUCGGAAGUGAUUUGUAGGUAGAAUGUCUAGGAAGCAGUGAAGAUGGAGAAUGGAGCGAGUGAUUUGGCUUAUAAGUUUGCGGGAUUGGGGAUUAACAACAACGAGACUAGUAGUGAUGCCGCCUUGUUCCAGGUUAUGAAAGCAGUUGAAGCUGCUGAGGCUACAAUUAAACAACAGAUAUGCAAUUAGGUUUUUCAUUACGGAUCAAAUUUCUUGCAAUUGUGGAAGAGAACAAUCGCUUGAGGUCUGAACUACUAAGAAAGCACCAUGAAAUUGAAAAAUAUAAAGUGGCUGAUUGGACACCUCAAAACCCUCUUUUAGUUGAUAACUGGGAUGGCCAUGCCCAUGGAUAUCCAGGAAUUGAUCGAUCAAAUUAUCGUCUCGCGAAUCCAACAGGUGUAGCCAGUAGCCUGAAUAGCUCGUCUGCACAUGGUCCAUCUGGUACAUCAGGCCUAAGGAAAGAAGUAACUCACAACAUCAACAAUCCUGUGAUGCAUGAAUAUGGAGAAAACCACUUUGAUAGCAAUAAGAUUAGUGAAGCUCAAAGUACAUUCCCCACUGGUCAGACAGAAUUACCCAAUGGUGCCAUAUCUCAGCGUUCGUCACCAUCUACAACAUCAAUUUCUCCUAGAAGGUAUCAAUUGGAGGGUGACUUUGAUCGUGGUCGACUGAUGACAAUGGCUGAUAUAGGUGAUCCUGGAAGCUCACUGAAGCAGGAAUUAGUUGUUAAGGCUAGGGAAAAUGAUGCUGAGAUUUCGCAGUUGCGGAAACAUCUUGCUGAAUAUUCAGUGAAGGAAGUACAACUACAUAAUGAGAAUUAUGUUUUAGAGAAACGUAUUGCUUACAUGCGCAUGGCAUUUGAUCAGCAGCAACAAGAACUCGUUGAUGCUGCAUCUAAAGCUAUCUCUUAUAGACAGGACAUAAUUGAGGAAAAUAUACGUCUUUCGUAUGCAUUGCAGGAAGCACAGCAAGAGAGAUCAACAUUUGUAUCAUCUUUAGUGCCUGUUAUUGCUGAAUAUUUCUCUCCGCCACCAGUUGCUGAUGCUCAAAAUAUUGUUAGUAAUCUUAAGGUCAUAUUCAAACAUUUGCAGGAGCAGCUAAUUAUUACUGAGUCAAAGCUAAAGGAGUCUCAGUAUCAAAUUGCACCAUGGCAUUCUGAUACAAACCUGACAAACUUUGCUCAGUCACCAUCUCAUUCCCUUCUGCAAAAUGAGCUUGGCAUGGUGCCUCAACCAGUGUAUUCUAAAGAAGAGUUAGCGCCAUCUGGCCCUUUGAAAGAUAGAAAUUGGGAUUUAUCGGGAGAUCAAGAGAGCAUUUUAAAUGGCGGUGUUGCUAAGAAUUUAGAGACAGAUGAAUUCGGGAGGUAUUCAGCUCUUUCAAGAAGGAAUCCUGCAUCCCAAGUGGGACCUGAACAGCUUACAGUCAGUCCAAGUGAUUCACUUCCACGUAACAGUGAAAUGACCUCAAAUAGACAAGUUAAAUUUAGUGAUACUGUUAGUAGCAUUGAGAUGGACGACCCAGACAUGGAAGGGCAACAAAUUGGAAGAGAUCCUUCAGCUAAUUGGAGUUCUAGAAACUCGCCUUAUGCAGCAGAUGAUCACAUUACCUCGUAUUCUCCUUAUCUACCUCCAGUUCUUGAGGAGCCUUCUUCCUCUUUCUCUGAAGCUGCAGAUGACGACCCAUUACCUGCAGUUGAGGGCCUACAAAUUUCUGGGGAACCUUAUCCAGGACAAGAGCUACAAGCAAGUGGAUUCUCCAUAAAUGGAACCACAAGUUGUAAUUUUGAGUGGGUACGCCAUUUAGAAGAUGGAUCUGUUAAUUAUAUCGAUGGGGCAAAGCAACCAACCUACCUUGUUAGUGCAGAUGAUGUGGAUAAUUAUCUUGCCAUUGAAGUCCAGCCCAUGGAUGAUAGGAAGCGAAAGGGCGAGCUUGUUAAGGUUUUCGCCAAUGACAACAGAAAGAUUGCCUGUGAUCCUGAGAUGCACAACAUCAUAAGGAGGAACUUACAGGCUGGCCAAGCUUCCUAUAGGAUAUCUCAGUCGGUGGGUUAUCUUGAUAUGUGGGAAUCUGCUAUUUUGGUUGUCAAGAAAGAAGGAUUUAAUAUUAAGGGUACUGGAAGCAGUACAAGUUUAGUGACAGAGAAAUUUUCAUCAGCCACUAGUGUUGUUGUACCAUGUGGACAUCCUACGGAAUUCUCAAUAAUAUCAGGUGGGGUUGAAUACCAUCUGCAAGCGGAAAACAGCCCAGAAGAUAUCACCGGUGCAAGAGACACUAUUGUUCUAACACUGAGAUUAUUUAUCGUGCGGGCUGGUAACAAAAAGAAAGGAAAAAAGAAAGUCCCGUUCUUUAAGUGAGACACUGCUAUCUCACCAUGCAGGAAAGGGGUUGAUGUAUAGUGCAAGUAGAAAUUGGAGAGCGCUCUUCUUUCAGCUAGUUUACAGUGAAGAAUCGGCUCAGUUAGUGGCAAUUUUGUCUCAGUUCACAAUUAAGUCUUUCAUCCUUCUUGUACUGUGUCUGUAUAUAUUUGCCCUUCUAUGUUGUGCUGUGAAACCAUUAUUGAAAAAAGAAGAUGAAUGGCAAGUUUUGUUAGAGGGAUAUACACAAUUGAGAGUUGCUUCUGGACAUGAUUGGAUAUAAAAAAAACACACUAGUGUCUAUUCUUUGUAUAUCAAUAUCACAUUGUUAAACUGUUACCUUAUGUACAGUUUCUUUAGUACAAUUCACUAGAAUAAUGGUGGCAAUACAUUAAAUGUUUUUUAUUA